AUGCUCAAUGAAGAAUCUGCCAGACAGUCAGCUAAUACGGUACAUGCUGCGCAUAGUGAGCAUCGACGACAGACCGCAAAAGUGAGGCGAGAUUCAAUGACGAGGAUUGAGAGCAUGCCAGUUAUGAACGUAAGUGACCAGGAAGCUGCGGAAGCAAAGAGCGAGUCGUUGCGAAGGAAACAAGUACUUUUUUAUGAAUAUUUGAAAUAA